CCGGACCACGGUUGCAUCGCAAACACCAUCAAACAACUCAACCUGAGCCCAAUAUGAUGUCAUAAAACAAAGAUCAACACACAUACUUCUUCAAAACAUCCAUCAUCCAUCCACCAUGAACAAAUUCUUCGCCCUCGUUAUUGCCGCCCUUUUCGUGGUCAACGGUGUCACUGCUUUCACCAGUGUCAAGGCACCAGUGUCUAUCACCUCCGCACCCGUUUCUUCCUUCAGUCCUUUUGUUGCUGAGACUUCUACCUCUCUCAACUUGAAGGUCAAGGUGGACCCUGAACAGAGCAAGAACCGAUCGAACCCUGCUGCUAUGAAGGGUGCCGCUUACGGAGGAUCGAUUGCGAUUGCAGUCCUUCUCCCCGUGGCUUUCCUUGUGUGGGCAGCAACCAAAUAAAUGGGCAGCCUGACGAGCUGUACAGAGCGAUAGGUGGUCAUGUACAAACUCGAAAACAGAUGAUGGAUCUGUACAAAUAAAUGGAAUGGGAAAAGAUUGAGGAUCCCGCAAUGACAAUAAAGAGACGAACGUGUACAAACGAGAGUGACUGCAGCGAACGUUUGGCAGGAGAUGAUGGACACCAAACACCAUGGAUGAUACCCGAACAUGUACAAUGAUUGAACAUUUGGCUAGGCAAACAGGGGCGAAUGGACAAAGAUGAAAGGACUGUACAAACUUAGAAUUCACGCCCCUGGAAACUAUAAUUGUAUAAAGAGUCGAAGAACCAUGU